AUGGAGAAUGCCGACAGGCCCAACCGGACGAGGCCGGGCAGCUGGGGAGCGGCUGCUGACGGUUGGAGGAGCCAAGACCAGAUGAGGGGACAGACUUUCAGAAUGGACGGAGGACAACAAGGCAAGAAGAUCCAGGGCGGUCCGUACCGUGCCAGCCCCAAAAGAGGAGGACUCGGACCAUUAGCUUAUUCCCCCGGAGCUUUCCGAGGUGGUCACAGCCCAUUGCAGAGAGAGGAUCUCCAUCGAUUCUGGAGUCCGGAACAUAGCGGCGGCUCUCAAGAAGAUAACUGGAGAGAGUAUACGCAACAACAGUGGGGCAAGAGCGUCCGUGACGGGGGUUCACGUGAUGGAAAUGUUCUUUAUGAAGGGAGAAGACAUCGGCAGAGAAACAAGGGGAGACAUUUUGCCGAAGAGGAUCGGGACCUGGCUAGUGCGGAGUCCUCACUCUCGGCGAAAGAGCUGCACGUUCUGCAACAGGACGAGACACGUUUGAGUAAAGAUGACAUACGCCGCGUCAACAAGAAGUCCAAUAGCAAGCCCAAUGCACUUUACACCUGUGACCUCUGCGACGUCCCCCUAAUCUCCGUGUCUGACGCCAACAGGCACGUCCGAGAUUGGCGCCACAAGCGGAGGGUCAAGGAGAAGAAGGAGUACGCCACGCUGACCGAAAUCCCGCCUCCUGGCCCCGAACACGUUAAAGCAGUGACGGCCGCUUUAGAGGUUGUCGUCAGCGAGCACGGAAUGGAUGACUGCGAUGUGGACAUGAGACGGAACGUUGUGGCCCUCAUGCAAGACCUGCUUCUAUCUGUCCUGCCUGAGAUCAGACUCCGGUUAUACGGAUCAUCUUGCACUAAGUUUGGAUUCAAGGACUCGGACGUGAACAUCGACAUUCAGUAUCCGGCACAUAUGCAUCAGCCAGAUGUCUUGUUGUCGGUCAAGGAAUGCCUCGCCGUCAGCCCUCUUUUUGUCGAUUUGGAAGCUGAAUUUCAUGCACGCGUGCCUGUCGUCAUCUGCAAAGAAAAGAAUAGUGGUCUCCUUUGCAAAGUGAGCGCAGGGAAUGAAAAUGCAUUCCAGACCACCUCUUAUCUUGCUUCCCUAUCCACGCAAGAGCGUCUCAUCCUUCCACUGGUUUUGGGUUUGCGACAAUGGGCUAAGAUAUGUCAAAUCGACCGUCCUGAGGAAGGCGGACUACCGCCAUACGUCUUGGCUGUCAUGGUCAUCUAUUUUUUACAACAGCGCAAAGAGCCCCUCUUGCCAGCGUAUCUAAAUCAAGCGAUAAAGACUUUUUCACUCAGCAAACUUUCAGAGUUCAACCUCACGCGUGUCGAGGAUGGACAACUGCACUGGACUUGUAGCCUCUCAGGCCAAAACGCCGCACAUCCACCAGAUGGCAUGAAGGGAAAGGUUCCUCUGGUUUUUUCUCGACCGCACCCCCCCGUGGAGGUCGGCCUUCUCUGGGUGGAAAUGCUCCGCUUUUACUCCCUGGAGUUCAACAUGGCCGAUAACGUCAUCAGCGUACGGACCGGCGCCGUCCUAUCCCGGGAUGUAAAAGACUGGCCCAAGAAACGCAUCGCUGUCGAGGACCCUUUUGCCGUCAAGAGGAAUGUGGCGCGCACUGUGAACAGCCAGCAAAUGUACGACUACAUUCUCCACUGCCUCAAAACCACGUACAAGUACUUUGCGCUGCCGCUCAGGCCGCGCGCACGUGCUUGCAAGAAAGGUGCAAAAAAGGCGCUCAAAGAGGAGGCGGCGCUGUCAGAGUUGAGUCAGCUGAGCGUUCAGUCCCAAAGUCAGUGUGAAGAAAACGGCCCCCAGGAUUCGGAUUGCAUCAUAGAGGAAGAGGAGGAAAUCGAGGAAGGCAGCGAGUCCGACCAGGAGAAGGAAAAGACGGACUUGGGGAAAAGCAGCUACUCCGAGGAAGAGGAGGACGAGGACGCCGGGGCGCGAGGCAGACUUCACUUGGACAGCUUAACCACGGAGGAUGAGGAGAUUUUCCCAGUGGACGAGAUCUCGGGGGAUGAGCUUUUGUCUGAUGAAGAACCUCCGGAUUUGGACACGCCUCUCUCAAAUGAGGAAGAGGAGGAGGAGGAUUUGGCACCGAGCGUCUCAUCGCUUCCGCUUGAAAAUACGCUCCCAGAAAAUGAAAAAGAAACGCAGGCCGCGAGGAUCUAUAAAUUCGCCAAGCAAUUCUUAACCAGGAGAAAGUCACACAUGGUUGUGUGUGGGUUGUGCAAGCGUGAUGGUCACUUGAAAAAAGAUUGUCCAGAGGAUUUUAAGAAGGUGGAGUUGCAGCCGUUGCCCCCGAUGACACCGGAGUUUCUCAGUGUGCUGGACCAAGUCUGCGAGCAGUGUUUUGUGGAUUUUGCACCAGAUGACAUGGAAGUGGCCAUCAGAGAGUCCAUCCUGCAAGAUCUAGAGGUCUUCGUCAGACGACAGUUCCCUGGUGCUCGGCUGCAGCUCUUUGGAUCUUCCAAAAAUGGUUUUGGUUUCAGGCAGAGUGACCUGGACAUUUGUAUGGUGCGAGAGGGCCAGGACAGCAUAGAUGAUGUGGACUGCAUCAACAUAAUUGAGCGUCUUGCUAAACUUCUUCGGAAACACCCCGAUUUUAGGAACAUCCUGCCAAUCACGACAGCCAAAGUCCCUAUUGUGAAGUUCUACCACGUACGCACUGGCCUGGAGGGAGACAUCAGCCUUUACAAUAGAUUGGCUCUACACAACACCCGCCUGCUAGCAUUAUACGCCGCUAUUGACAGGAGAGUGAAGAUCCUCUGUUAUGUCAUGAAGGUGUUUGCCAAGAUGUGCGACAUCGGGGACGCGUCACGUGGCAGUCUCUCAUCUUACGCUUACACCCUCAUGGUUCUCUUCUUCCUCCAGCAGAGGGAGCCACCUCUCAUACCUGUGCUUCAGGAGAUUUACGAUGGUGAUGAGAAGCCUACCGUGUUAGUAGAUGGCUGGAACGUGUAUUUCUUCGAUGAUUUAAAAUCACUGCCCAGUCGGUGGCCGCAUUACGGCGAGAAUACGGAGACGGUGGGGGAACUGUGGCUCGGCCUCCUGCGCUUCUACACGGAGGAUUUUGACUUUAAAGAGCACGUGGUGUGUACUCGUCAGAAAGCUCGUCUCACCACUUUCAAUAAGCAGUGGACAUCCAAAUAUAUUGUCAUUGAAGAUCCAUUUGACCUCAAUCACAACCUCGGUGCUGGAGUGUCCAGGAAAAUGACUAUUUUCAUCAUGAAGGCCUUCAUCAAUGGUCGAACCGUGUUUGGUACCCCAGUGAAGGCGUUUCCUCCUGAGUACUCCAGUCAAAUGGAGUACUUCUUUGACCCCCAAGUGCUCACCGAGGGAGAGCUGGCCCCCAACGACCGCUGCUGCCGCAUCUGCGGGAAAAUUGGUCACUUUAUGAAAGACUGCCCCAUGCGCAGGAAGUCCAGGCAAAGGCACGACUCUGACAGAAGGCCGGACGGCACGCGCGAGCGACCGGACGCGUUAGAAGAGCUGCCGUCCAGGCAUAAAAGCGAACACUGGAGGAGGCGGGAGGCGGCGGAACCGCGCUGCUGCUUCCUGUGUGGAUCCAGCAAUCACAUCAAGAAGGACUGUCAGCUCUACAGAGGACCUGCAGGGAACAUGAAAAUGGAAAACUUCUCUUCACCUCCAUCAGGCUCGUUGAGGAAUUUCCGAGAGAAACAAGCUUCACCCUUAGAAGCUGAGAAUAAAAGACAUCCGCAUUUGAUGCUAGGUCCACAAGCGGGCAGUCUCGCAAGCCUCCAUUCAGGUCGCUCCAGUCACAAGAAGAACCCAGCGGAGUGA